AUGAGAAACAAGUACGCAGUGCUGUUGGUCUUUGUUGUGGCCCUUGUCAUCAUCGAGAAGGAAAACAACAUCAUCUCCAGGGUCUCUGACAGGCUCACACCAAAGCAGGCCCUUCAGUCCCCACCGCUGUCCAACAUCUCUGCCACAAGUCCUUUGAAGCACAACGGCUCCCUCUCCUCCCUCAGCGAGCUGGAUGCAGCCUUCACCCAUCUGCGCCAGCGCCUGGAGAACUACACUGAGUGGGCAGAGCCUCACCGGGACGGCAAGAAGCACAUCGUCCUGCUGGCCACCACCCGAACAGGCUCCUCCUUUGUGGGUGAGUUCUUCAAUCAGCAGGGUGCCAACAUGUUUUACCUGUUUGAGCCACUGUGGCACGUGGAGCGCCGGCUGAGCCAGGAGGGUGGGGGGGCAGGCGCCAGUGCCUCGGCAUCAGCACGGGCCUACCGUGAUGUCCUGCAGCAGCUCCUACUCUGCAACUUCACCCUGCUGGAGAAGUUCAUCGAGCCCCGCCCAGUGGAACACGUGACUGCUGCCCUGUUCCGCCGCGAGUCCAGCGCCUCACUCUGCGAUGACCCCGUUUGCACACCGCUUGACAAGAAUGUCUUCGAGCGCUACCACUGCAAGAGCAGGCCGUGCGGCCCGCUCAACUUCACGCUAGCCUCUGAGGCCUGCCGGCGCAAGGCCCACCGGGCCGUUAAGACAGUGCGUGUGCGGCAGCUGGAGACACUGCGCCCCCUGGCGGACGACCCACGCCUUGAUGUCAAGUUCAUCCAGCUGGUGCGCGACCCGCGUGCCGUACUGGCAUCACGGAUGGUGGCUUUCUCCACCAAGUACCGCAACUGGAAGCAGUGGGCAGCAGACGGGGAAGUCCCCACCGAUGAUGAGGAGGUGCGGCGGUUGAGGGGCAACUGCGAGAACAUCCGGACGUCGGCAGAGGCAGGGCUUCGGCGGCCUGCCUGGCUGCGCAGGCGCUACAUGCUGGUGCGUUAUGAGGACAUCGCCCGCUACCCCAUGCAGAAGGCUGCCGAGAUGUACCGUUUCUCCGGGAUCCCCUUCACCCCGCAGGUGAAGGAGUGGAUUCUCAGGAACACCCAGGCCUCCAAGGAGGCUAGUGGUGUGUACUCCACUCAGAAGAACUCGUCUGAGCAGGUGGAAAAGUGGCGGUUUAGCAUACCUUUCAACCUGGCCCAGGCUGUGCAAAAGGUGUGUGGGCCCACCAUGAAGCUGUUCGGAUAUAGAUUUGUUCAUGACAAAGAUACUCUAACUAAUAAAUCAGUCAGUUUGCUGGAAGAAAAGGUAUUUGACUUUACCUUUUGA